CUAGAGUAGAUGUAAUUUAGGUUUAGUUGCCCUAGAACCCUCGCUAAAACCCUCAAUCCCUCGUCUCCUUUCUUAGCAACACAACCACCAAAACCCACAAAAAUGGGGGGAUCAAGAAGAAAAUACAAAAAAUCAAGAAUUCAUAAGGUUAAAGUAGGACUUCCAAAGAAGAACCCUAAAAUCGUUAAACCAGCCUUCAAUCUGCCCCCUAAACUUCGUGCUUUGAUCGACCCAUUAGGCACUAAAUGGGACGAACAGGGCAGUGUUAUCAGCAAUUACAAGCAAUUUGGGGUUGUUUCUAACCCUAAUCUUCUCAGUGUUCGUUCUCGCACUUCCCAUAUGAUCGAGAGUGAUUCUCUUCAGGUUCCUCCUCCUCGUCCUGAUAAUCCUGCUGAUGCUAAAGUUGAUGAAUUUGAGCCUGUUGAUUCAGGAAGUGACCUUGAAGAAGACGAUUUGAAAUCAGCGCUUGGGAAGAAAAGAAGGGAUGGUAAAAAAGUACCAUCACAGCCAUUGACGACUAUGCAGCGUGCUCAUCUUCUUCCUUUAAUUGAGAAGUAUGGAGAUGAUUAUGAGAGGAUGUUUAGGGAUACAAAGCUGAAUAGCAUGCAGCAUUCAGUCGCCACACUAAAGAAUUUGUGCCAAAGAUAUUAUCAGUGGAAAGACACAAAUCCAUUGAUAACAGGCAAGCUUGCUUGAAAUAUUUUAGGUAGAUGGAAGUACCCUGAGCCCCUGACUCAAUGUUCCAAGUUCAUGCAUUUUAUGAUGAGAUUAUAUUAGAGGAUCAAAUGUUGGUUUUUUUUUUCCUUUACUCCCUACAUUUAUAUCAAUCUUAAUGACCGCAAAGAAAUUGUGCUAAUGUUACGCGUGAUAUCUAGCAUUUUUUAGUCUUGGUGGAUGCUGGUUCUGUCAUCAUGUUUGAUGCAAACCAUGUCAUUUGGCUACCAUUCUUGGUUCCCAGCUCUUGGUCUUGAUUUUGAGAUUUUAUGUGUCGUACUUGAAUCAGUUUUACGAAAUUUUUGUAAAAAUUGGAGACUUAUAUCAGUAACUCAUGUUGAAAAUCUAGGAUAUGAUGUAUGUAUGAGUACGUUUUUCAGUAA